AUGUGCGCGACCUGUCCGACAAGAAGACAAAGGGCAAAGAAGGCGUCAACGGAGUGCGAAAUAGACGAUGAGGGCUUUCAUCCCACUUACACCGUCAUGGCGGACAAGAAGAAGAUAAUCACGCAGUUGCGCAAGGCUUCUAAAGAUGCCGAUGUGGUCUAUCUGGCGACUGACCCUGACCGCGAAGGCGAGGCGAUCUCGUGGCAUCUGCUGGAAGCGGCGAACAUCGCAAAAUCCAAAGUAAAGCGCGUGGUGUUCCACGAAAUCACAAGGGAAGCCAUCAAUGAGGCAUUCGAGCACCCGCGUGAGCUUGACUAUAACCUGAUUGACGCCCAGCAGGCACGCCGCAUACUGGACAGGCUGGUUGGCUACCGACUUAGCCCUGUGCUAUGGGGCAAGGUAAAGCGUGGGCUGUCCGCCGGCCGCGUGCAGUCCGUAGCGCUGCGCCUCGUGGUUGACCGCGAGCGUGAGAUCGGCGCCUUCGUGCCGGUGGAAUACUGGAGCAUCGAAUCGACACUCGCGAAGAAGCUGCUGAACGGCAGCAAGCGCAUCGACUUCAAGGCGGCGCUGCAUUCCCUGAAGGGCAAGAAGAGGAUAGAAAUCUCGGACGGCGAGCGAGCCAGCGAGAUUGUCACCGACUUAGAGGGCGCUGAGUACAGCGUGGUUUCCGUGCGGAGACGAGAGACGCGCCGCAGGCCCGCUGCACCGUUUAUAACCUCGACGAUGCAGCAGGAGGCAUCGCGCAAGCUGCGCUUCACAGCGCGGCGCACUAUGCAGGUGGCGCAGCAGUCUGUACGAGGGAAUAUCGAUCGGCUCUGA